UACAUAUCUCAUUAUUUCAAGUUUUAGUAAGAUGAUAUAAAAAUAUGGGAAUUAUGUUUUUAACUAUAUAAAUAUGAAGUUUUUAAUAUUAUUUAUUUUUAAUAUUUUCACAUUUGUAAUAUCUAAUCACAUCAAAUUAAUUCCAGAAUUAUGCAAAGCAGGUGAUCCAUUUACGGUGAAUCAUCAAACACCAACAAUUCAUGGUAUCCUCUCAGCACUAGUGAAUACAAAUAAAAAGUGCUCAAGUAAUUUUUCGUUAUUAAAGGUUAAGAGAAACGGCGGCAUUGUGAAUUUGGAAAUUUGUUAUGACGAGUUUUUAUUAAAAACAAUAUACGUAAAAUUUGAAAUCGAUGGCGUUUCACUUAAAAAGUUUGACAGUGUGAUUAUACCACCACUUGUGACUCAAAAUAUAAAUUUGUAUCCGGAAAAUGUAGCGUGUUUCUAUACAAAAAAUCAUCAAGCAGCUCUAUUUAAAUAUAUAUACAAUAGUGAAGAUGCCAUUACCGAUUCGUCGUUUUUAACCGAAGGACAUUUAGCUAGUAAUUCCGAUUUUACUGAAGACUAUAAGCAAUUGGGAACGUUUUUUUAUGCUAACAUAACGCCCCAAUGGAAAUCCAUUAAUCAGCACGCGUGGGCACUUAUUGAAUCAGCUAUUAGAUCGUAUGCAAUUGAUACCGGCGAGAUACUGGAAGCGUACGCGGGCACGCACGGACAGGCGCUGACGGACAGCGGACAGCCGCUGUUCUUGACGGACGACGGUCGGGUGCCGGUGGCCGCGUGGCUGUGGAAAGCCGUCGUCGACCGGUCCGCCGGCGCCGGCGUCGCGUUCGUCUGCCGCAAUGACCCGUCUCAGCGGACAGCCGCGGCCGGCACGCCGUGCGGCGGCGCGGACGUCUGCGCGGACGGCCGCUGGAACGCCAUCGCGGUGGCCGGCAUGUCGUUUUGCUGCACAUUGCAACAGCUCGCGGAAACGAUUCCGGAAGCGGCGGCGGCCAUAGUGGGCGUCGACGCCGACGUGGGCCUGUUAAAAAGACCGCCGCCGCCGCCAAAGUCUUCCGAGAGCGUGACGACGGCAUAUGGCGACGUCGACGACGACGAUGGCGGGGACGAGGACCACGACGACGAACAAGCAGAAAAAAACGAUUGACGACGGAUUGUCUGACCUGCCGCCGCAUCGAUAAUACGUUACGUUUACGGCGUAUACACGCGGUGUUUAAACGGCUGUGACGUCUCCCGCGACGGCUUUCGUUGUGUUUAACUUUUUUUUUCAUUUAUUUACACAAUUAUUAUACUUUCCCAAAGACGAUUUCACGUAUUGUCGGUAUAAGAUGCCGCGAAUAGGUGGUUUAUGUUUUUGAAUGUUAAGUUGAGCUAAGGCGGACAGUGGUCCGCGACUCAUACGCAAUCGCCGUUUAAUUUCGAAACGUAUUCUGCUUCUGGUUUAGAAAUAAAAUUAUUUAAACAUAAAAAACUUGCGUUAUGACGACAACAGUAAUGAAAAUUAUACCGAAAAUUGACCGUAUUGUGAAUAUUUCAGAAUGUAUACAAAUGUAACAACAGCCUGAGGAAAUUAGUGUGACGUGCUAUAAAUGGUUCAUCUUAAGUUGUGUUAUUGUUAUUACGAUUGCAUCGAAAACGUUGACUAAUCUAAUAUAACUCGAUGAACCGUAUAAUAUUAUAAUUAUUUUAAACGGAGAGAGAUUAGGUAUAUUAAAAUUAAAAAAAAAAAAAACCCGAUAAAAUAGAAAUUUACUGACUCGUUAUAACGUCCUCUAUUUUGGGGGUGUCUGUUAGAAAAGGUUUUACUGUGUACUAUAAUAUUCGUAUAUAUAUUAUUUUUCGUUUAUUACUCGAAAAUACACUUAAGAUUACUCAUAAACAGCUUCAUGUUCCAAUAGGAUGUAAUAUUUUAGGCCAACCGGUGGUGGUAUGAUUUGCCGUUUAUGACUUGCACUAACCAAUUCGAUUAACUAUUCGACUAUCCGCCAUAGGUGACAGUACCUACACAUCGGGAAUGGAAUAGUUGUCUACCGAUAUUUAGCAAGAUCGUUGACCUCGAUUCAAAAUUCAAGGGGCUGAUUUUCAUCAAAUACUAAUUUUAAUUUAAAGGAAACAAUAAUGUUAGUAAUAACAUAAAACGAAUGAAUGCACGGUAAAGUAACGAGUGAGUUGAACAAAUUGAAAACAAAAUUUAAUAAUAAUAAUAAUUAUUAAAAUUUGGUGCCAGAAAAGCCAAACGGGCUUAGAACUCCGGACGGAGAAUGGAAAACGUAACAUAGAGUAAUACGAAUAAAAUGUGUAGAAUAUAAUAUUAUGUCGGGACAAAAAUGAAGGUCCGUGACUAUUUUUUGUUCGUACAACUUUUAAUAAUACUUUUUGAAAUAAUAAAAUGCAAUAGCUAAUAAGACGUCAUGCCGGACAGAUGUCUGCGUGAAAUAAUAAUCAUAAUAAUAAGUACUACGUAAUAUAUUAUUAUUUAUCAAUCAAGGGACGAGUCACGUGUGGGUAGUCGAUAGUAUUUAGGCGUGUAUCUGUGUAAGCUAAUACCAUUGUCCAAUGGCAAAUGCAGCGAGGACGAUGGGUUGUAUAAUUAUUGUUGAUAAUAAUAAAUUAUAAUGAUUUAUUAAUGAAAUGAUCAAGUGCGGUUGUCCGAUUGUGCGACAAUGAACAGAGGUGGUGGUGGUCGAUAUUGCAACCGGUGAGCGGUGGCACAGUGGAUUAUUAUAAUUCAACGAACACUAAAAUAUUCCUAAUUAAUAAAUAGCGCUAAACGAAAAAAUUCAAUUUAAUAUGUCGAACGUCGACACAGCGUCUAUGAUGAGUUUUUUUCAUACAGUCUCAAAAAUCAUCUAGUUUUUAAAACGUUUGUAAAACCUGAUAAGCACAUACUAUUAUUUUCGCGGGUAGUUAAAUAUAUGUACAUAAUCACACAUUUCUAGUAUUAAAACUUGCAUUUUUUUUUUAUAAAUUGUAUAAAUUAUCUGUA